AUGUGGAUGCAUCGGUCUUCAGCUGAAUCUGCAAAAGACGAUGUUCACGCGGAACGAAUGGGUCUCGGAUGCCCCAUUCACGCUCAACGGAACAAACAUAUCCGAAUGCAGCAGUUACGUUUAUUUGGGUCGGGAAUUGAACAUGAUGAAAGACCUGACCACCGAGCUGGGCAGAAAGAAACUAGUGGCCUGCGAAGUAUACAAGAGCAUCGAGCAUAUAGUGAGGAAGGCCAGGAACACUCGGCUCACCUCUUCAACAUCACUGUGCUUCCUGCUUUGACCUAUGCUUCGGAAACCUGGGCAUUUCGCAAGCAGGAGGAAAACGCGGUGAGCGUCAUUGAAAGCGCAAUUGAGAGAGUGAUGCUAAGAGUAUUCCGUUUCACCCAAGUGAGGGACGGGAUUCGAAGUCCUCUCCUACGUUAG